AUGGUCGACGUCCUGACUGGUGUUUUGUCGACCGUAGCAGCACUAUUUUUCUACACGGUCUUCGUCAUCCACUUGGUGGUCGUCCGCACCACAGAGGAGAUACUCAAGCUUGUGCCGAACGAGCUACGCGGCGCUGCCCUUGAUGAGCAAGGAUCAGGUGCCAAACCUCGCAGCUACUCACAGCUUCACUGGCAGGCGCAGGCUGACUACGUCCCGGAUCAGAUGUGGGACGCGGCGCUGACCCUGAUCAUGAUCGUUAUGAUCGUCAUGAUCUUCAACCUCAUCGCUUGGCUAAUUGGUGGAUUCAACAAGGUCUCGAUGCUGCGCACGCUCAACCGCAUGCACGAAGAGAUCGCCGGUGCCCGCGUCCAGGGCAAGGUUGCCCUGGACGGCGAGGACAUCUACGCAGUACCGUCAACCCCGUCGACGUCUGUCGCACCAUCGGCAUGGUGUUCUAGCGGCUAA